GUGCGUCCCCUGUGAUGCCAUCACGUCGCUCAGGACGACUCAGGGAGCGCUUGUGUUUUUGCAAUCCGACGCUGAACCGGGAGUUUCCCCCAAAAUGAGCAGUUCAGAGGAAGUUUCGUGGAUCUCUUGGUUCUGCGGUCUCCGAGGGAAUGAGUUCUUCUGUGAGGUGGACGAGGACUACAUCCAGGAUAAGUUUAACCUGACUGGACUCAAUGAGCAGGUUCCACACUACAGACAAGCGCUGGACAUGAUUCUGGACCUGGAACCGGACGAGGAGCUGGAGGACAACCCGAACCAGAGCGACCUGAUCGAGCAGGCUGCCGAGAUGCUCUACGGCCUGAUCCACGCUCGCUACAUCCUGACCAACCGCGGCAUCGCUCAGAUGCUGGAGAAGUAUCAGCAGGGUGACUUUGGCUACUGCCCACGCGUUUACUGUGAGAACCAGCCGAUGCUGCCCAUCGGACUGUCCGAUAUCCCCGGCGAGGCCAUGGUCAAACUCUACUGUCCUAAAUGUAUGGAUGUGUACACGCCCAAGUCGUCCAGACACCACCACACCGAUGGAGCCUAUUUCGGAACGGGCUUCCCUCACAUGCUCUUCAUGGUGCAUCCCGAGUACCGGCCGAAGAGGCCCGCCAACCAGUUCGUCCCCAGGCUGUACGGUUUCAAGAUCCACCCCAUGGCGUACCAGCUGCAGCUGCAGGCAGCCUCCAGCUUCAAGAGCCCCGUCAAGGCCAUCCGCUAAGAACCAGGAGAAGGGACGAACGGGGGUCCGAGGGGGAGCGGGUGGAACCCGAGAGGCCGUUUGUUUUAGCUUCAAUUUGAUUUGAGAGGAAUGUUCUAAUAUUAGGAGACCGGGGAAUCUAUAUACACACGUAUAAACACACACACACACACACACACACACACACACACAUUUGGGAUAAUCGUUUAAACACCCUUUCCUCUUGACAAUACAGGCAUGGUGAUGCCAUGCUGUUAUUACUGUGUCCCAGCAACUCGAGCUGGACGAAUCUUCUAAUUGGGCGUCGCUCCCUCACGUUGGGUGACGGUAUUUCGGUUACAGAGGUGAUACAGAGCCCGUUUUACACCCCAGUGAUUCCUCCCGUCGCGCUCCGUUCUCCGGCUGGAGCAGGCAGAGACGAUACGACGAGCCGCGAGCCUCUCUGUCUGCGUCGGUUCGGAACGAGCGUCAUUAGAUCAUUUAAUCAGAAGUCCGUGUCCGCUUGUACACCCCUAUUUAUUUGGAGCGAGGUGAUAGCCCCCCCCCCGCCCCCCGCCCCCCCCCCCCCCGAUCAGAACCCAGCACCUCCGGUUUCAUCAACGGCAUGCACCCGCAAGAUCUAGAACUGAAUGUUGGGAAUGUUGUAACUAUUGUAGUUUUUUGUGUGUUUUUUUUGUUUUGUUUGAUUGAUUAGUUUUGAAUUUUACUUUACAGCUGUGAGGAACCAGGGUUCAGAAUUCACAAUAAAAUUUUCUUUUCCUAUAA